UGCCGACAACAUGUUGUCGACACCAGAACUUCUGGAACUUCUGCAAGAGGUAAAGUAGCUUACGAAGUGUAUGCACGUAGAACAAGCUGCGAAGCUGCACCUGUUCUUGAAAUUCUGAAUCCACGAAAAUAUCAUAAGUAAUUCAUUUUCAUAUUCAUGGGCUGGAUGCCGCAGGACUGGCCAUAGUGUGAUUUGUUCGAGAACAACUUUCCGAGCAAAGAACUGAAGCUAGUAUGAUAGCGGCCGAGCGGCGGGACGGCGAGCGAACGCCCUCCGAUGCGGGGAGCAAGGAGGGCCUGUUUGACGAGGACGACGAUAAGAAUCGCCCCGACACCGCGACUACAGAUGCGGGAGAGGACAGUCGACCGCAAACGGCAGAGGAGGAGGUGGAAGGGGGCCAGCCAGGAGUGGAGCUGCCAACGAUUACCGAAGAAGCACUGCAGGGCAGGUAGAACAGUAAAAAAUACGAAAGUUCAGUUUCUGAUGCAUCGAAAUAAACGCAAUCUAAUUCUAAUGCCGGAAUCCUUACUCCUCCUUCUAGUAUGGCUCCUGAAAUAAGAUAUUUCGUUCACCAGGUUCCUCUACAGCACGGACGACGCGGAAGCCAGCGCUGGUGCUGCCGACGAAGCUACGCCAUCCUCCUCAUCCACAGCUCCGCCGCAGCACGGCGGAAAAUUUAUCACACGAAACGUUCUCAGGGUCAGGAUUGUGUGACUUUCUUGCAUUAUCAGAGAGAGCUAGAGCAAUGUCAGUUUACAUACAUGUUUGACAAGGCAAUGUUGAAAUAGCUAGCGUUGGUCUACUCUGACUGCGUCGAACUCAAUCAAUGUCGUCACACGUUCUUACUUCUUUUUUUGUUCGAUGAAGUCGAAAGAAGAUCUGUUGCGGGAACUGAUGGCGCUAGAGGAGGAGGCCGAGAAAAAACGUAUUGAUGGUUUCUUUGCGUUUGAUUGCUUUCGUUCUGUUUCUCUUACACAAGGUCAAAAUAAGGACUCGCUCGUACGUUGUCGCUUUAAGUUUGAAAUAAUGAGUCUUGCGGACAAAUGAAAUUAAAACCUUUCUCUCAGACGCUGAAGCGCUGGGUAAGGCCGAGCAGGGCGCUCUCGUGGACCUCGGGCCGCGACAAGACAGGCCGGGGAACCAAACUGAAUCUGCAUCCGGCUCCGGCGACGCGGAGGAGCGUUCUCGAGCAAAGUCCAGGAGCUCGACGGACGACGAGGGCAGACAAGAGAUAAGGGAGCUCGAGACCAGUGUUGCGACGCUGAAAGAACGGCUGAAAGAGCGCAACGCACAGAAGCGAGAUCUGCUGAACGAGCUAAUGGAAGCCCGGAAACUCGUUUGGGAAUACAAGCAGGAGGCGACAAAGGCAAAACUCGGGAUCAAACAUUUACUGCAAGACUGUGGGAAGAGCUGUGCCGACGUAAGAGGACCAAUGGAUUUUUCUCUGAUUGUGAUAGGAUGCGAUAAGCAAAAUUUAUUCCGCAUUCAUUCAUCCAUCCCGAUGGCGCUGAUUAUGAUGCACGAUUUCCACACUGGCACCGCAUUUGCUAGUGUCUGAGCCUCACGGGAAGAGCAGUUGCAGUAGCAAGCCAGUUAGAGACACACCUUUCAUCGCCUUUACUUUUGCAGGUCGGCCUGAGCAUCGAGAUUCCGGACAUGGACGCUCCACCGGAGCAGCCGCAGGAAGAACCCCCUGCCCGGGAGAGCCGAACCCUGAGUCCACGAGGAAGUAGUGGCAAGUCGGGGCCUAGCAACUCUGGCCCGUCCGGAGGUAUGACAAAAAGCAAAAGCACUUCGGAGCUGGCUUCGAUGACGGUACAGAGAUGAAAUUAUUAGUGUUUUAUUCGCAAAAAAUACCACUGCGAGCACAACGCGAAAGUCGAUUGAUGAUCCCGAUGGGACAGUGUAUCAUCAUGUUUACUUCGCAUGAUCCGAUACAGGAGAGAAGUAUCAUACACAUGCAUUUCUUAGGACGCUUUUACUUUUUUGUCAAAACAGAUCCAGCAGUACGUGCAGACGCAGGACUCGGAGCUACGCAAGUCCAUUUCCAAGCUCGCCGAGGCGCGCAUGGUCGCGCACGCCUACAUUCGGAUGAUUGAGGAGCGGACCGACGUGAUUCGUCAGCUGGAAGGCGAACUGGAAAAGACGCGCAUGAAGUCCGCACUGUCAAACCAUCCCUGUGGCGAAAUUUUCCUUUCCGAGCGUAUGGAGAUGAUGCGAAACAUGAUGGCGGCAAGGUCUUUUCUGCUUUUUUCGAUUCAUUUUCCUCGUUUUCACUUUUUUUUUCCGUGCUUCUAUAUCCAUGGUGAAUUAGUGGCACUCAACACUACUUUUGAAAUGGACAUCGAAUUUGAACUGCAGAUCUGGUGGCGGAGAAGAGGGCGGCACGAUGCGCGGGAGCAAAUCUGGGCCCUUGAGCAUGCCCUCGUUGCGGGAGGAUCCCGAGCAAGAAAGCGAGGAGCCCAUGGAGUUGACUCCAAAGAAUCCGGCUCCUGGUCCGUCAAGCAGUAUGGGUUCGUCGAGCUCCUCGUCCUCGAGUAGCAGCUCUGCAGCUCACGACAGCACACCGGAACAGGCAGCCUCGUCGUCCUCCGGCGCGACUCGCAGAAGUGGCACCAGCAAGUUCACGUUCCAGCAGCUCAGUAUCUUGACCCACACGCUGGAAAGUGUUGUCUGUGCCUACGCGUUUCGCAAUAUUUCCAACUAUGCAGAUAUACAGGCCGCAGCAAUCAAGUACACUUUGAAUUCGUUUUUCGUAAGAUUGCGAAUGCGAUAGCGAUUGUAGGGUUCAUACGUGGAUUUUUCCGUUAGAUCAGAUAAUUUUGUUGCGUCGCAAGUGCAAGUUGAAACAAUAUCUAAACGUAGUUUAAUAACUUCUUGACUCAUCAGACUCCAAGCCGCUGGGCGGGGCCGCGCGUCGCGGAAAGCGGUGGAUGAGCGAAGGAAGUGGAAACAAAAAGAGGACGCGGUAGGUGUGAUCGUGAGCAAACUCGAAAAAAUGGUGCAGUUUGCCAAUUCGUCCAGCUUUACGACCGCAGUGGCCCAGGACCCGGAGCGUUGCCUGCACGCCGUGGUGCGGCACCUGAAGGGGUACGUCGGCAUCCACUUUGCUACGGAACUACUGCAGUCGCAAAUGAAGGUUCACUUGGCGCGGAAAGUUACAACCAGCGCAGCCUUGACGGACAGCGUCAACAGGAGCAGAACUGGCGUGGAACGUAUAUUCAAUUUGCUACUAUUAACUUGGUUUGUCAAAACGUCAUUGCACGUAACACUAGCUGCAGCAUUAACAUUAUCAGACAGCUCAAAAAAAGCAAAUUCGGUUCUUUCAGAUAGUUGUUCCUGAAGCGCAGGAGCAUAUGCAUAAGAACUAGCUAACGUCCAAUAAAUCGGUCUGAACCUGCAGCGUUUACCUUUUGUUUUGAUCGGUAGUGCACGAAUCAACACCAAUGCCACGAACUUCGGUACACGGUGCUGCAGAGCUGAACACCACCAUUUGACUCUUUCAUGUACUUCCAUCAUUUGUCACCGUCGCUUUCCAUGUUCCGCAUUCGCAGGGAUGAGUAGGUGCGUAGCCUCCCCUUUUUGUUCGCACAUUUUUGUAUCAUACUAGGACUUGUUAACUCCAAGUCGAAAGCCCCUGGUGUGUACCACUUAACCCCUUAUAAUUCCCACCGCGACAAUGAGUACCUUUACGCGUAUUCUCCCCGACUAUUUUGAUGAAUGCGCUUACCAGCGCCGGGAGCGGGAGCGGAUCCAGACGGAGCCCAUCAACAUAAGUCUAGAAAUGCUAGACGAUGAGGGCAUUGCUCCGCAGCCCCCACGGUUGCUGUUGACUCGGGGAAUGAGCCAGGGCGGUAGCUCUUCCAGCAUGCUGACGCGGAGCCCCAGCGGCUCCUCGCCCGGUGGCUCCCGAUCACCUAUGUCGAUAGGUUUUUUUUUUGAUCAGAUUUGUUUACCGAGGAAUCGAAUGCUUUAGCUAGUUUCUAACGCUGAGGAAUCGAUGACUUCCUACCUUCUUCAAAAUCGCAGAACAAUCACCAGACCAGCACGAAAGGAAAGCACUAUGAAUGUACUAAAACCAAACCAAACAGGUGGUCGUCCAGCUACGGUGCCAGCUCUCCCACUGAAGCAGCAGCUCCAGCACAUGGCUUCGAUACCGGCCGCAACGGAAAACCACCCACCGAUCGGGCAGAGCUACAGCCUGGAGGACAAGGGCAACGAGAUGCGCACGGUGAGCAGCGAGCAAGUGGAGAGGACGCCGCCCAUGAACCAGGCCUUUGACGCGAAGAACACCGUGCACUUCUUCAAGACCAUGCAGAACAAGGCGGGACGGCAGAACCCCGACCGCAUCAAGCGGCCACCGUCGCAGCCACCGCCCGCGGGGACGAGUCAAACAGGUAAACCUAGAAUUGAGCUAGAGAUCCCGGUGUGGCCCUACCCAUGUUCCGAAAAGAUGCCUAUUUCUGACGAACUCGCAGCAAAGACGAGUGAGUUGCGUGUGGUUCUGCAUGACAAAGAUCCUGACCUGACAGCUGCGCAGCGGAGCGAGCUCGUCGCCGAAGUGUACACCGGGCUGCGCACCAACCCGCUGCUGAAUCGUUCCGGUGGCCAGAAGCGGUUGAACCCGAGGACCAGCAACAAUCCGCUUUCUGCCAGUACCAGCUUAAACCGCACGCGACCGCAGACCGAGGGCGCAAACCACCCGCGGCGCGGUGCCCCGAUGCAGACUAUCUCCACCGACUCGGCGGACCCCCCGUCUGAAUGGCAGCAGUGGGCCGGUUCCUUUCACCAACUCAGCAGCGAACAGAACUACCUGGAGGGAGACGACAGAAUGGCGGUCACGACGGGACCAGGCGGGCAGCAACUUUUUUACCCCGCAUCGAACCCAAACAGUCGGCAGAGCAUCAGCGAGCAGUGGGGAGAGGCGGGUCUGGACCCUUUGAAUGGGAGUAUCGUUUCCAACCCCCAACAGCAGAUGAUGCGAAACAGUAUGAAUGCGUCGACGACGAGCACGACCUCUGUGUCCGUUCGACCGCUGAAGGGCCUUCCGGGCGGCCCGCCCUCCAGCGGACCGUCGUCGCGCAGCGGGCGGGCGUCGAGUACGACGAACCGGGGAACGAAGAAGAAAGCAAGAGGACCACCCCAGCACAACACGUCAACAACGAGCAUGAGAUCGCGGUCAAAAGAGUCCACCGCAUCCAACUCUAGCACAACUGACCCGCAGCAUAAGCACCUGCACCGGCAUUUCCACGUAUUUCUUCCGAGAGCGACGCCGAACCACAGUGAGUCGCUGGGAAAAGUGCCCAACUUGGAGCCCCGGCCCCUGCGGCCCCACUACAACGACCUGAUGCAGGGUCCGAUUGGAAUUCAGUGAGCGACCGAGUACAAGAACAUCGUAGGCUCCAAAUUUUCUUCCGUAAUAUUCUAGACGACGAGAGCAAACAGUUGUAGGCUUUUAAUACAACAUCAGUGUAUGUAAUACGAACAAACAAUGCACAUCUUCAUGAUGUGUGCUUGAACAAAACACUUCUAAAUGAAUGCGAUUCAAGAAGAACGACAAGGUUGCUACAACUGUACUUACUGAAGGCUUUAUUUCAGUGAGGCAGAAAGUAAACGCCUAACGCAAGGAAAAAUGCUACAGUGGCUUGAUAAUUGAGGACUUUUUGUUUACGCUUACCGGAUCGCAUAAGUCAAUUUUAGAGAAUAAAGCCAGAUGCACGUAAGGGCGUCGAUAGACGCGGCGCCAUUGAGCCUGUAGCGGUGGUAGCAGGAUUGAAAGCUCUUCGAACUCUCCUUUGCUUGAAUGAACUUGCUUUUAUGAUGUGAACUUUUUCUAAUUCUAACUGGUUCUGGGUUCUGGGAGUGUGAUGAACUCCAAUUACUCUUUCUGAUUUCUAUUACCCUAUGAAACAGCUGCUUCUGCAGCUGCUGUUGCCAUUUAUGUGGUGGCAAGUAGAAACCGAUACUAGCUGGCGUGUUUCGCUGAGCAGGACUAGAUUUUAUGAUGUGGUCGUGACCUACACCUACUAACUUCAGCGCAACGCAAAUGAGAAGUAAAAACGCAACGUAGCAUUAAGCGAUACAACAAU